GUCCAACACCAGGGCGGGAAGGGAAAGACUCGAAAUGCCGUUUAAUUAGUUUAUGCGCAUUAUCUGUCUCUGUCAUUAAUUUAAUCAAAAUUCGUGAUGAUAUUUUUCAGGACCAGUCUGUACCUGUUGGGGCUGUUCAUCUCCUCCAUACAGAGCUAGCCGCUUGGAGUAGUAGCCCAUCCAAGUCCAACUUGACAACUUCUACAGAGCAUGAGAGAGGGCUGAGAUGGAUAAGUUCAGAGUCAGUUAGGUAGUUGCAGAGUUAGAGAAAGAGAAAAAGGUAGAGUGAAGAGCUAUGGCGAAGAAAGUUCUGCUCUCAGUUCUGUUCCUUCUCAUUGUAAUCCUUGCGACCGCUGGGUUUGGCCGGAGCAGAUUCAUUGCAGAGACUGAUUCUUCUUUGGAAUUGGUAUCGGAUGGGAUCGACAAUGUCCGAAAACCAUCUUUCAUCGCACUCAAGCCGAUGUUUUCAUCGGAUGAUACCUGCGACCAAACGUACGGAUUCUUGCCCUGUACCUCCACCAUCGUUGGUAACCUAUUUCUCAUCAUAGUCUAUGGGUUCCUGAUGUAUCAAGCUGCCAAGCUCCUCUCCGAUGGAAGUGAGCUUCUGCUUCAGAUCAUGGGCCCUGGAAUUAUCGGUGGUCUCUUCCUCCCCAUCCUCGGUGCCCUUCCUGAUGCAAUGCUCAUACUUGUAUCUGGCCUUUCUGGAACUACAGAAACUGCUCAAAGUCAGGUCCUCAUUGGAAUGGGCUUGCUAGCUGGGUCAACUGUCAUGCUUCUGACAUUACUGUGGGGUUCUUGUGUAAUUGUUGGCAAGUGUGAUAUUGAGGAUUCGAUUGCAAGAGAUUCAGAAGAUACAAAAGGGUUAAGCUUAAUAGAAUCUGGUGUUACUACUGAUAUCUGGACUUGUUAUGCUGCAAGGAUCAUGGCUCUUUCUAUUAUUCCAUUUCUCGUUGUCCAACUACCACAAUUCCUCCAUUCGAAUUCGGAAAGACGUUUAGCCAUCUUGAUUGCACUCAUUCUCUCUCUUGCACUAUUAGUCACUUACUGCCUUUAUCAGGUCUUUCAACCUUGGAUUCAGAAGAGAAGGCUUGCAUAUGCAAAGCAUAAACAUGUAAUAUCAGGGAUUUUGAAACAUUUGAAAAAGCAUGCGCUAGGAAGGCUCCUCACAGAUGAAGGUCAACCUAAUACUGAAGUUAUCAAGAAGUUAUUCAAGGCAAUCGAUCUGGAUUCAGAUGGGAACUUGUCAGGUUCAGAGCUAGGAGCAUUGCUUUUAGGAAUUCACUUUGAUGAGAUAGAUUUUGUUAUGGAUGAUGCCGUUAAAAAAUUAUUAGAAGAUUUUGAUACAUCUCAUGAUAGUCGUGUUGAUGAGGAAGAGUUCUUGAAUGGAAUCUCAAGAUGGAUUGAGGUGGCCAAGAGAUCUGUUGUUUUGACUGGGAAUCAAGGUUCUCACACAACAAAGGUUUUAGAUGGCUUUCAUCACAAAAUCAUGAAAGAACAUUAUCUGCUGGGAGAUGUGAGUGAUGAGGCUGUAGAGGCUCUCAAGAAUACUAAACGGAUUUCCAUUAAAGCAGUAUUAAUGUUGCUACUGGGAACUGUUAUUGCGGCUGCAUUUGCAGACCCCCUUGUUGAUGCUGUUGACAACUUCUCCACUGCUACAAGUAUACCUACGUUCUUCAUCUCAUUCAUAGUUUUACCUUUCGCUACUAACUCAAGUGAGGCAGUGUCAGCACUCAUUUUUGCUAGCCGGAAGAAGCAGAGAUCUGCUUCUUUGACCUUCUCUGAGAUAUAUGGUGCAGCAACCAUGAACAAUAUCCUUUGUCUGGCUGUCUUCCUAGCCCUUGUUUAUGUGAGGGAGUUGACAUGGGACUUCUCCUCUGAAGUGCUAGUCAUUGUCAUUGUUUGUCUAGUGAUGGGCCUCUUUGGCAGCUUUCGCACCACCUUCCCUCUAUGGACAUGCUCAGUGGCCUAUGUGCUUUACCCACUCUCCUUGGUGCUGGUUUAUAUUCUUGACUAUGUUCUUGGUUUGUCUUAGACAGUUGGGAUCAUAAAGUUCAGCGAAGCAGAUAAGUAUCUCCUCCUUCAGGCCAUAUUGGACAAUUGAAAUCAUAUAAAUCCUCUCCAUGUUUUCUUUUUUUCUUUUCUUGGGAUUUUGCCUUGCUCCCCUGUCACGUUUGUAACCCCAUGGACGAUGUGUCUAAUUCUGAAUUGAGUUGCUUCUUUGUUGGAUCAUGAAAUGGACAUCUUUGUCGAAGCUCUUUAAUGUACCUUUGUUACUAUUAAUUAAACCAGUGCUCUAACCA